AUGCUCCAAAUAGGCAAACAGCUGAGCAGAAGCCUAGGGAAGACAGCGAAAAAUAAAAAAAGGAUAUGGUAUGGUGGAGCGCACCCCAAGUACUCAACUAAAAUAAGUCCAGUUGAAAUUUCAAAGGUACUGGAAAAGAAAUUUGAAAAUUUUGAUUUUAAAACAUCAGCUAAUGAAGUGGGAUAUGUGUUAAGUGUAGGUGAUGGAAUAUGUAGAGCAUUUGGAUUAAACAAUGUUAAAUCAUCCGAAUUGGUUGAAAUACACAAUGAAGAAGAGAAAGGGAAUGUGACAUAUGGUAUGGCAACGAACUUGGAAUAUGAUAAUGUUGGUAUUGUAAUAUUUGGUAAUGAUAGGAAUAUAAAAGAGGGUGAUAUAAUAAAAAGGACAAAUCGUAUUAUUGAUGUGAAUGUAGGAUAUGAAUUAUUAGGAAGAGUAGUGGAUGCUUUGGGUAAUGAAAUAGAUGGAGGUAAAAAAAUAGAAACUAAAGAAAGAAAAAAGAUAGAAAUAAAAGCACCAGGUAUUAUAGCUAGAAAAAGUGUUAAUGAAUCUGUUAUUACAGGUAUAAAAUGUAUUGAUAGUCUAGUACCUAUUGGAAGAGGACAAAGAGAAUUAAUUAUAGGAGAUAGACAAACAGGAAAAACUGCUAUAGCUGUAGAUGCAAUUAUACAUCAGAAAAAUAUAAAUGAACAAGUAGAUGAUAAGGAAAAAGUAUAUUGUGUAUAUGUAGCUAUAGGACAAAAAAAAAGUAAUAUAGCAAAAUUAGUAAAUCUAUUAAAAAAGUAUGAUGCAAUGAAAUAUACUAUAAUAGUUAAUUCAAGUGCAUCUGAUGCAUCUCCUCUACAAUUUUUAGCCCCUUACACUGGUUGUGCUAUGGCUGAAUUCUUUAGAGAUAAUGGAAAACAUGCAUUAAUCAUAUUUGACGAUUUAAGUAAACAAGCUGUUGCAUAUAGACAGUUAUCAUUACUUUUAAGAAGACCACCUGGUAGAGAAGCAUAUCCAGGUGAUAUAUUUUAUAUUCAUUCCAAAUUGUUAGAAAGAUCUUCAAAACUAAAUGAUAAUUUGAAAGGAGGUAGUUUAACAGCUCUACCAAUUAUUGAGACAUUGAAUAAUGACGUAUCUGCAUAUAUACCAACAAAUGUUAUAUCUAUCACUGAUGGACAAAUAUUUUUAGAAAGUGAAUUAUUCUAUAAGGGUAUUAUACCAGCCAUAAAUGUUGGUCUUAGUGUUUCUAGAAUUGGAAGUAGUGCACAAUAUAAAUGUAUGAAAAAGCUAGCUUCAUCUAUGAAAUUGGAAUUAGCUCAAUAUAGAGAAAUCGUUGCUUUUUCUCAAUUUGGUUCAGAUUUAGAUACAUCUACAAAAAAAUUAAUAGAAAAAGGAAAGAUUCUUACUGAAAUAUUAAAGCAAAAACAGUAUUCACCUGUCAACAUCAGCUAUCAAAUUUGCUUAAUUUAUGCUGCUACAAAAGAUUAUCUUGCCAAUUUAAGUAUUCAUAAAGUACAAAAUUUCGAAAAGCAAUAUUUCGAAUAUUUAGAUAAUAACUAUGCAGAUGUUUUGAAGAAAAUACAGGCCAACUGUGAUUUGUCAGAGGUGGAGGAUCAGAUAAAGGAGAGCAUUCAGAGGUUCCUCGAGAUAUUCAACGCUGAAUGA